UGACAACCGUACGAAGAUCAAGCGAAGGAAGUGAAAUCAUACAUCAGCAAUAUUUAUGUUUCGCGAAAGAAGAGUUUUGGACCUUUGCUCACAACCAUGAACGGUUAUGUGUGGACCUUUAUCCUAUGGAUAACUACGACCGUGUAUCAAGCGAAUGGCGAAACUGGUAAGGACGCUUUUUGUCUUCUGUCACGACGAAGUUUUUCUACGUUGAUUCGUGAAUCCUGGUUAAGUCUUACUAGUUCUGUAAUCGGAUUACCAGUUGAAUUGCUUGGUUUUCUGACUGCCUAGUACGGUUUUGAUUUAUUUUAAAAUGACCGAUGAAAAAUUGUGAGUUGAAACAACAGUGUAUGAGUAAUGUUGCUUGAUGUGCCUGUUUCUUUCAACUUGUUGAAAGCUGCCAUAGAAGACUGGCACCCGCUGUGUGAUUAGAGAUUUACAGCAUCCGCGCUCACAUCUCUUAAAAGAGAAUGAAAGACCACCAAUAGCUAGGUAGUUUCGAACCACAAACUGCUUAAAAUAUAAUUAUUUCGUUUUCUCAAUUACACUUCCCGAAGAAAAUAUGGCCUCCCAUCUAAACAUUUUUUAAGAACAUCGCGGAAUUUCAAAAUAUCCGGUUAAGAUGAUAAGCACUAAAGGGAAAGUUCUACAGAGAUUAUUGGACCGUGGUAUUAUACAGUUAGGGCUAAAAUAAGAAAAAGAAUGUUAAAUCCGUUUUGAUGGUUGGGAAGGUUUAAAACGGAUAAAAUCUCUCGAUAAUGUACGAAAUUGACAUGGUGAGAGAGCUCCCAAAAUUAGUUUGGGUAUAGCUUGGAGGAAAUUUGUUCACACUCCAGGAAAGUAUCAGUUUCUUCUUCAGUUUCUUGUCUUUCUUUUUGAGUACUAUGUCCAAGCGUGGUAUUCACAUGUGAUAGACAUCUGAAGGAAAGACUAUCAGAUGUAUUAUGUAGUCAAAGAGAUGCAUAUGUAGUUAAGAACCAUCUAUAACAGCUGGUUCUUGAACUGCAGGGUUUAUAGUGUAAUUUUGUGCUGCCACAUGACCUUUGGCGCCUAUAUAUUGCUCGAGAGGUACUCAGUGGCCCCUUUCAUUUUCUUGGGUUACUAGGAAAUCUGAGUUAAUCCAGAUAACUGACUUUUUCGGUGACUGAAGGACAGUGAUCAAAAUAAUGGAAGCUAAGUUUAACAUUAAAGCAAUUCGCGUAUAAGGCUGAGUACUAUCUGAAAAAUAAUGGAGAUCGAGGAAGGUGUUAUCCACCAAUAACCUCCUCGGAGAUCUGUAUGAUUCUUUACAUCUUACAAAAGCCGAAUCCAAUAAUUCUUUUAUUAUUCAUUCAAAAUUGGCCCCAGUUAAAAAAAUAAAAAAAAUAAAAUAAAUAAAUAAUAAUAAUAACAAAAAAAAAAAAAAAAACAGGUCAAAACAUGUUUUCGUCUUCAUUUGCCUUUUACUCAGCAAAUUCAUGAUAUAAAGGCUUGUGUAGUUCUGCAUCUCCAAAUAGCAGAUGUCAUCUGUCGAGUUGUAUUCUAGCUGUUCUUUCUUUGUUUUCAGGCAGUAGUUGAAAACACGUUAGAUAUUUGGCCUAAUUUUUGUACUGCUCACCAAAACAACCCAACUUUGUCCCCAGCACUUCUCAGUUGCUAUCCAUCAUUUGGCAUUUACAUGUACGCUGUACUUUUGAUUAUGCUAACUGGUUAAAUGUAGAGAAAUACUUCAUGGAAAGUGCAGACGUAUAGUAUGUAUGCACGAGUUGUUAACGCAUCCGAACGAGUGAGAUUUCUGAUACAAAAUAGCGAGUGCAUAAAUACUGUAUAAAGCACUUUCCAUGUGUUAUUCAGGGUUCGCCUUGUCUUGAAAAGUCCUUGAUUUUCUAGGGAAGUCAUUGAAUUCCAUUUUUCCUUGAAAGGUCCUUAAGUUUCUGUGCAAGUCCUUGAAAAGUCCUUGAAUUUUCAUCAACUUUGAACGAAGUGGUCUGGAAAGAGUUUUUUGAUGGUUAUUUACGUAUGCUAAGUUAUAUGCAGUGAUUAACUAUCAAUUUAAGACCAGUGAAUGAAAAAUGUAGAGGAGUUGGUGAAGCAAACAGUUCAAGUCUUAAAGUCUUAUUAGAAUAGACUGGGAAUGUGCAUUUUUUCAGAACCAAUCAGAUUCCAGGAUUUGGAGGAUUCCGCCUGCUCGCAAGCUUAGAAAAAAAUAAACAUGUAUAUGUUACAGGUCAAAAUUAAAUUCAGGUUAAAACUUUUUAACCUACAUGUAGGCUCAAUCUCAAUUUCUUUUGUCCCCUAACCCUAGGGGUGGUUAGGUUAACUCAUGACAGUCUACAGCUGUAUCUAAUACAGCGUUUUCAGUAAAUAUUCUGUAAAAAAUACUCUGGAGAAGUUUGAGAGAAAUUUCUGUAGCCAUGUAUCAGCAAAUCCUGUCAAAAUAUAAGUCAUCGGAUUUGAGCCAAUCAGAAAAAGAGCAAUAUUUUGAAUGAAUAAGCAUGACAUUUGUCAUUAACUAUCUUUCUUCCAAUUAAUAGGGAACUUCACAUGUAAAUGGUUCCUAAUAUAAGGCCCAUCAUAGAUCAUGCUUCUUUCUGUGCUGAAUUUACUAUUGGUAAUUCUUAAAUUAAGAUUGACAAAAUAUGACAUGUCAAUCUAGACUCUGGUCCAACCUCUGAAUUAAAGCCAUGCUUCAAUCUUUACAGAAGCCACAUUGUACAAUAGAUUUAAAGUCCAAGAAAACAAAAUUAAUUUUGUUUUAAAGAAUAUGAAGGCCUUUGAUUGCAACAUGUAUGAUAAAAAAACAAUAUUAUAUGUACACGGUAUGAAAAAAUAUAUGCUGUAAAAUUUUCAUUUUAUUAUGUUAGAAAUUUUGCUUGAACAACCCGGUGAAGGUGUACGUUGGUCAUGGCAUACUACAAAGAAGGGUAUUACUGGUGCAGGGGUAAGUAAAACUCUUUGACCCAAUUUGGGACUAACAUCAAUUUUUUUAUGAGAAUCAAUCAAUUUCGAAAUGCAUUUUAAAACAAAAAUCAAGGAUACAUGACUGUAUGAAAGACAAUUGUCAUUAUUUUCCAUGGCUACAUGUUGGGUAACUACUGCAGGUAUGGAUGAGUUUUAUUGUUAACAAGAUUUACAAUCAGUAAAAAUUAUUAAAACAAUUUACAGUGUAUGGUUGUUUGUCAAAAGCACUGAAAGGGAGGCAGUGGUAGGAGAAGGGGUGUAAUGUUUUUCAUAGCCCAAUAUUGUCUGUUGGCAAACUAUUCGACUUACGUGAAAUUUCUCACCAGCUGUCGGCUGAUCGGCUGACUGUCAGCCAAGAGGUGGCCAGUAGUUGGCAGCAUGUUGGUAAUGUGUGGACGAUGUUUUGACUUUGGCCAGUCUGCAUCACCCUAUAAAUUUCAUUGCCAAAACAGUACUUAUUAAUAAUGGCUUGCAAUACUUUGCAAAGCAAGAAAAGGGACUCCGUAGUAUAAAAUGUGACCAACCCCCAAAAAAUAAUGCUCUAGAAAGACACUUGAAAUGAAGUUUUCAUUUUGGUAUGUCAUAAUAUUAUUGUAAAGGUUACAAAUAAUAUUAGUAUCAUUUGAGUUUUGAUGUGUUAUGUUUUUAUUUUUUUUAGUGGAAUUUUCUCUCAAGUCAGACGUAUUCAGUCUGUGACAUAACCAUUCCAAGCCAACCAACUAACUGGCUAAGAACAGAUUUUAUUGACGUCAAAGAUGCUAAAAUGCUGAAUAUUAAACUGAAAUACAACCUUCGUAGAUGUCCACCAACUGCAAGUUCUUUCUGCAAACACAAGUGGAGCAUUUAUGUGCUUCAUGUAGAAAAAGAAGUAGUUGGAGGUGAUUUAAACCCACUCACAGCUAAUGAGUUAACAUACGAAGAGGUAGAAACAAUUGAGCCAACAGUCCUGCCUGCACACGGAAAACCACAGCCAUAUGAUUAUGAUGUUAAAAUCAUAACCAAAAAGGGAGGUGUGUAUCUUGCAUUCUUAGACCAAGGAGCCUGUGUGUCAUUAUCAAAAGUUAUUGUGAGCUACAAUUAUUGCUCAGAGAUUGGCAGUGUUUUGGUGAGCUUUUCAAGGACACCUGCUCCCGUGAAUGACUCUUAUCUAGUGGAACAAACAGGGCGUUGUAGUGAUAUGAACUCAAUUAACAAAGUGAAACUGUCAGGAGUGUGCCUUAGUAGUGGAGAAUGGAAUAUCACUGAUGGAAUCAAGUGCCUCUGUAAACCUGGCUAUGAGCUUGUUAAUGGGUCCGAGGGAAAUGUGCUGGAAUGCAGUGGUAAGAAUAAUUAUAUUUCACUUUAACUAAUUAAAUAGUAAUCAAAGAUUAUGGUGCAUCAUCUUAAAGGGCAUUAGGCAGCUCGCUGGGUUACAUAUUGUAGAAACGUUCACCAACGCUGGUCAUAUCGACGCAAAAUUGGAAUGCCAAAAAAAAAAUUUCCUGAUCUGUGUUUUUCCCCCAAAUUUUUGAUGCCCUAUGAAAAAAUGUUUAGAAAAGAAAUCGGCUGAUUGAGAUUAACCUACAAAGUUUUUAAGAAAGAAAAAGAUUUUUUUUGAUCUAUGGAAACCUUGCCUUGUGUGAGAAGUAACAAUUCCCUGAUAGGCUUUGAUCUAUGGAAAUGUUUAGAAAAGAAAGAAAUUAACCUACAAAGUAUUUAAGAAAGAAAAGGAUUUUACUUUGCCUUGUACAUGUAGUUUUCAAAGCUAAAGUCACUUCACAAAGCCAUGAGGAAUAUAAUGGUAUGAAACACACAUGGAAUGAUGGUAUUGAGAGGUCAAGAGUUUGAACCGACAAGCUCUUUUCCUGAUUUCUUGCACUUAGGAGCAUGCACAGACUGUCCACGAAAUCAAAGAACACCCAACUACUCAAUUAGGGAGUGCCUCCUUUGUCAUCACAAUAAUUUGUGUAAAUUAUAUAUUUGUGUCAGACUGAGCAAUCGUUAGUUUGCAGUUGGUGGUGUGUGAUAUUGUUGUUAAGACUGAUUUUGUCCCUUUAGUUUUUUAUUGGCCAUACAAAAUGGCCACUGCCAUUAAUGUAAAAUUUUUUAUGUGAUAAGCUCAAUGUUUUUUGCAGUUACAAAGUUUGUCUGACUAACUUUGAAUUGACUAAAAUGCAUAUAGUUCAUCCACUUCAGAUGAUAGAAUGCAUGAAGAUAAUCUCUAGACAUCACCAUUUAAAAAUAAAUCUUCUCAUCAAAUGAACUCACUAGACCUUUUUACCAUUGUAUGGUUUGUUUUCCCAUUGCAGACCACGUGAUGGUAUCUGAUGAGAACUGUUGAAUUCUAUCAAAUACCCUCCUAUGCAUGUGCAGCCUUGUUGAAUGUACAUGACUGUAUAAUAUUAUUUAUGCAUUAUUAUGAAAAGAUGAAGGGUAAAUUCCCUGGAGAACAUCACGUGGUCUCAAUUUGGAGCGGUUAAAUUUGAGCUCUCCAUCAGGCCAAAAAAAACUCUCCAUUAUAAAUGGGUUACCAGGGUCGUGGUGUAUGCACCAUUUUUUUUUUUCUAUUUAAACUUAGUGUGAUGCUUUGUCAAGUUUGCUGUUUGACCCAGCAGUCAGUCUGCUUCAGUCUACAUCUAGUGUUUGGAUAGACCCUUUACUUAAAAUGCUCUCAUUAAUCCUUCACGUAGAAUGUCUGAAGGGCUUUUACAAGAGUGUUGCAAACAACAGUAAAUGCAAUGAGUGUCCUGCAAACUCAAAAUCCAAUACUGGAAGAACAGGUUGCUUAUGCUAUGAUGGAUUCUACAAGAAAUCUGGAUUACAUGUAGCUCCUUGCAAAGGUAAAUACAUGUACUAUACCCAAGAUAUACUCUGGGUUCAGUUUAUCUUUGUUUCAAUAAUUUACUAAUCCAUCGGAUUAUAACUCAUUGAAUCGAUGGGUUAUUUCCUACAUCUUCAGAAUAUUAUGAUAAGCAUCAGCUGGUUAUGAAUUUGCAGCGGGGUUAAUUGGAGCCAAUCAGGAAUGGCGUUGAAUGGAUGGUUUUUACUUAAUUGUUGUAAAACUCAAUUACUUUCUCACUGCAUCAAGACCAAUGCAAUGCAUCAGGACCAAAAAUAAAUUCAAGAAGCUUCCUGACAAUUACAUGUAAGUGAAUGUCAAGAAUGGGAAGUUCAUCUCUCACUGCUAUUUUUAAUAACAUUUUUAUUGAUUGUUGAUUAGAUACAUGUAUGUUUUGUAUACAGUGGAAGCUCUUCUAAUGGACACUGCUGUAAGCGGAAAGCUCUACUUAUGGCUGCCUUCACAAAACUCUGUUUUUCUCAACUCCCAUACAAACUCUGUAUUUUUACAGAAAUUCCCAUAAGCGGCCAGCUUCAGUUACGGGCACCUCUUUUGCGUCCCAAAGGUGUCCUCUUAUGAGAGCUUCCACAUACUGUAAUUACUUUUCUAAAGACUCUGGGUUUUAUACAUGUACCCUUUAAGUUGAAUGGGCCACUCUAUAGAAAUAAACUGUGCAUGUAGUGCUAAACGUAACUUUUGAUAUUACUUUACUAGUAUCAUAACAGUGAUUAAGUACAUGUAGUCACAGUCAAGGUCAAAACGGUGCAGGUGAAUGAUGUGGAUGAUAAAAUGUUUAAAGCAUUUUGCAACUUCUAAGAAAAUUAUACUGCCAUGAUUAUAAUAUAGUCGAACCUCCCAUUUUAAAGCGACCACCCAAAAUGCAAAGACUAAGACAGUGGUCGCUUACGGGAGGUGGUCGUUUACAAGAAUUGAACCUCAGGGGUCUCUUCUGAGAAGAGGUCCAGGUACAUGUACAUCUCUUUUAUGGAAGAUAAUUUAUUGCAUAAUUUAUGACGUCAUGUGCAGUUCUAUGUUGUCACUAAAGUUCUUCGUAUAUUCUAAGUAGCAUAGUGCACACAGUGAACAUAGAGAUCAGAGAAUGUGUCAAGUGAUUGCUUACAAGAUGUUAAAAACAAUGGAAAAUCAUUAACCGUCAGGCCCAAAAAGUGGCUGUGGUCACUUACAGGAGGUGGUCGUUUACUGUCGUUUACUGGAGGUUCCAAUUGUAAGUCUUUGACUGGGAAAAUUCUGCUGUUUUGGAUCGGUGGUCGCUUAUGGGAGGUGGUCAUACAUUGAGGUUCGACUGUACCCUUUAUGCAAAUUGUUAUAAGUAAAUAUCACAUAAGUAUUAAAAUACACCUUACAAACAUAGUAAAUUGUUUACUAAUUACACUGAAAAAAAUGAAUUGUCAUCUUUUCCCAGCUUUGCCAGCGGCACCACUCUAUGCAAAUGCUACAGUUGUUAAGGCAACCUAUGUUGUGAUUAAGUGGGAACGCUCACCUGAUGACAGCGAUGGAAAGUUAAGGUAUGUUGUCGACUGCUUCAGCUGCAAGUCCAGCAAAUACAAGGAUUGUAAUGAGGCCUGUGGACCAAGUGUACAGUAUAUGCCAAGCCAAGAUAACAUCACAAAUGUUGCUGUGACAAUAAAUGGCUUGCCUUCUGACAGCUUCCUCAAGUUUCGAGUUUACUCUGUCAGUGAGUUGAAUGAAGAGGAGAAAGAUAGAGACAAAUGGAAAUAUGUUACAGUAUUAGUGAAAACUAAAGGUAAGAAAUAGUAAUAUAUUUAUUGUUAAGGUGUUUUGAUACAGUUUUUCAGAGACCAUAACGAUGUUUUUCAAUCACCUUAAAAGUGAUUUUUUCCUUGUCCGAUCGCUACAAACUUUUCACUCGUGGUUGACUAUGAAUUGAAGUCUGUCAAAAUGCGGUUUUAGUAAAAUCGAUAUCACUAUGACAAUGUUCAAUAAAGAAAAAAAACUUUGAAAUCGAUAAAAUCCAAAUUUUGCGCAAUCUAGACCUGCUACUGAAAAUCCGACACCAGGAACUUAAUGUGUGGUGUUUAGCAAAUACCCUCUGAGAGAAGUAAAAAAUUCUGUAUGUUCAAUAGCCAUGAUAAGUUGUUUAAUAAAAAAGUUCUAAAUAACUCAAAUUAAUCUUAAGUAGCAUCAGAAGGCUGCUUAACGUAAUAUUUCAAUGCUAGGAAAGUUUGGAAUUUUUUUGAGUUUCAGGAUGGCAAGAAAGAAAAUACGCCAAAAUUUCCUAGCAUCGAAAAAUUAUAUUAAGCAGCCUUCUGAUGCUACCUAAGACUAAUCUGAGUUAUUUAGAACUUUUUUAUUAAACAAUUUAUCAUGGCUAUUUAAAAUUAUGAGGUUUGAAGUGUUUUAUUUGAAUUCAAACACACAGAAUUUUUUACUUCUCAUGGAGGUUAUUUGCUAAAUACUACACUUAAAGUUCCUGGUGUCAGGUUUUCAGUAGCAGGUCUGGAGCACGCAAAAUAUUAAAAUAUUAAAAUAUUAAAAGUUUUUUGUUUACUGUUGUCAUAGUGAUAUUGAUUUUGUUAAAAACUGCAUUUUGACAAACUUCAAUUCAUAGUCAAUCACUGGUGAAAAUUUUGUACCAAUUGAACAAGGAUAAAAUCACUUUUAAGGUGAUUGAAAAACAUCGGUAUGGUCUCCCAAAAACUGUAUCGAAACACCUUAAUAACAGCACAAUCUAAACUGAUACAAAAUUUGUAUCGGUGCUGCUUCCACCGCUGGUAUUUUUCAGUUGACAAGUGUUUUUUGAUUGUGCUGUGUGUGAAGUCUGCAUUUUCUUUCCAGGGAGUAAUUAACAACAGCAGCAACAACAAUUUUAUUUAAAAGCAAGGAAAUGCAGUGUACAUUAAACGUACACACUGUCUGCAUUUAGCUAAAGCUAUUUGAGGCAGGCAGUGUGGGUACUCUACAUACUUAAAGAUAUUUAACAGGGAAAAUUAAAGAGAUUUAUGACAUCAAGGUAAUCAUUGUAAAUCUUUGAUUGUAAACAUACAUAAAAGAUGUAAUGAUUAUGAUAAUGGUAUAAAUUUGUUUUCUUACAGAGAAAAUUUCACCUGCCACAAAAGAUCCAGGUAGGAUUUAAUUUGUAUCAGGGUUUUUUUGACAGUAACAUACAUGUAAUUGCAUUUUCUGAUCUAUAGUCAUUGUUUUGUCAUCAUUUUAUCUGCAAUGAGUGACUGAAUUGUGCCGCAUAUGUGUUGUUUCUCCAGGUGAUUCCUCACCAUUAUCAAAUGACGUUAGGAUGGUUCUGUACAUAGCUGUUCCAAUUGUGAUGCUAAUCAUCGUGGCCCUAAUAGUUUUUGUGGUGUGCAUGCGGCGCAGGUAAAUUCAGAAAAUAAUUAUUUAGAUAACUAUUAUCUUUAGUUAAUAAUAGUUAGUAACUGAUGGUUAAUAUUUCAUAAUAGGUAAUGAUUAAAGAAUUUAUUAAUGAACAUUAAAUUAUGAGUUUAUACUCUGAUGUAACAUAUACUUGUAGGUAGAUUUAUGCCACAAUUUUUUGCCCCUGUGGAAUCUCAACUUUGAGGUCCCAAUGCAAGGGUGGCCAACAUCAAUUUUCUCCUAACAAAAGUCUUUACAUCAUCAGGAGAAAUUGUUAUGAAAAUUAGUUAAAUGAUCACCAAAAAAAUACUUUUGAUAGUUAGAGGAAAUGUAUGGAGAAGUCUGGAUAAUUUGUAUGUGUGGGAUAUUGUGGCUUAUAGUGUUAAGGCUCUCUGAGGGCUGCCUGUGUCAUGAUGUCUGUUUUGCCUCAAAAGGAAUAAGUAUGUGUAUACUCAAAGAAUAACUGCAUUACAUUUCAUGAUAGAGCACAGUGUAUAAUUAUCAUUUAUUCAUUAAUUAGUAAGUUUUUUGGGAUUUGGUUUUAUUUUCUUUUAGGAACAGGACACUAAAAGGAUAUGGAAGACCAGGAGAUAGUGAGCAAAGUAGGAAAUUCACCUUUUUUUUCUGUGAAUGCUACAAUACUAGCAAUGCCCUUUUGGUAUUGCUUGUUACCUUUUCAUCUUAAUUAACAUCUUAACUUUCAUAAAUAAAAAUAAUAGGAAAUAUUUGGAACUUGCCUUUUUCUAUUUUCCUUCUGAUGUACUGUGUAUGGGCAAUAAGAUUAUUUUUAUUGUGUGAAUACUAAGGGGAUAAAUCUAGCUGCUGAAAGAUUUAGGACUCCUUUGUGAUUGGCACUGACGAUUGAUUAUUUAAAGAAGAGCAUCAACCGACCCUAGGUGUCUGCAUUAUAAAUGUAGAGAGAGUGUCACACCAACCCUCUGUAAGAUGCAGGACAUCUUUGUGAUUGGCACUGUCCUGGAGAGGUGCAUGUGUCAACAGAAUGGUGUGGACCGACCCAAGGUGUCUGUAUUAUAAAAGUAAAGGGGGUGUUACACCAACUCUCUGUAAGAUGCAUGACACCUUUAUGAUUGGUAGGUUCUUGUAGAAGUGUGUCAAUUUAGAUUGAUUAAAUAAUAGCAGGGAUCAACCCUAGCCUUUUAUAGGUUGAGGGGGUGUCACACCAACCCUCCAUAAGAUUCAGGACACCUUUGUGAAUGGCACUGUCCCAAAGGUGUGUCCAAAGAUUGAUUAUUAAAGACUAGUAUGGACCAACCCUAGGUGUCUAUGUUGUAUAGGUAGAGGGGGUGUCACACCAACCCUCUGUAACAUGCAGGACACCUUUGUGAUUGGCACUGUCCUGGAGAGGUGUGUCAAAAGAUUGAUUAUUUAAAGAAUAGCAUGGGCUGACCCUAGGUGUCUAUUUCAUAAAGGUGAAGGUGGUGCUACACCAACCUUCUGUAAGAUGCAGGACACUGGCACUGUCCUGUAGAGAUGUGUCAAAAGAUUGAUUAUUUAAAGAAAAGCUUGGACCAAUGCUUGAUGUCUUGUCUAUGAAAUAAAGACAUAGUGGGUGUCCCACCAACCCUGUGUAAGAUGUAGGAUAUGUUUUGUGACUGUGGUGUCACAUCAAUGCAGUGUGCACCACGCCUCUACAAUGUGCAGCCCAGCUAAACCGCUCAUAGGGUAUGGUACUUGGUGGUGAUGGUUUCACCACCUGCACCACAUUUUGACAUACAUGUAUUAUUUUUAAAUGCCUUAAUUUAUUAUCUGUUGUUCUUUUUUAUAUUGAUGUAAAGUUGAAUUGCCGUCUCAUGGUCAAAGGCUCUAUGUUGACCCUUGUAAUUAUGAAGAUCCAGAGGAAGCCUUGAAAGAGUUUGCCAAAGAGCUGGACAAGAAGUGGAUCACCCUAGAGAAGGUUAUUGGUGGAGGUAUGUCAGGCAAUUACAUCUUCUUUGGAAUAGGCACCACCCCUGAAAAUGGUAUAGGCAAUGUUGUACUUCAUGUACUGUUAAGUGUUCAUUUUGACCUAAGUAACAGGCUGGUACCGCAGUAAUUGUGAAGUGUGAGUAGCCAGCCGUUUCCUCUCUCUAAGUUAAGUGGUGACUGGGCAGAGUGACUGGGAGUGUUAGGCUGGUAGAGUGGUGCGUAGGGCUGGGAGAGAAGUUACUUUCCAAACAUGCUUGAUUUGGGGUCAUGUUCACAACGUUUUCUUUUUUUCUUUUUCUGAAAGUUGCACCUACGAAACUGUAGCUGUUGUACUGUAUAUCAUACAGUAUAGGGAAGUCUGAACUUUUGAGUCAAUGCAUCAAAGUUUUAUCAUUUAAAUAGAAGCCACAGAGCGUGUGUAGGACAAUGUAUGUGGGUUGCUUUAGUGCUGCUUAUUAUGCUGUAGAAGGUGGUUCUAAAUCUUGAGUUUGUGGAUAAAAUCAUUAGUGUGACCACUCAAAUUGUUGUUCUUUGUAGUAAAUUAGGUUUGAGUUAUUGGAUUAUUGAUUCUUUGAAUGAUCAGGUUACUGCUACUGAUUAUACUACGUACAGGCUGAAGGCCUUUCUAAUGCACUUUAUUCCCAACUCAGGUGAAUUUGGUGACGUUUACCAAGGGACAUUAACACGACCAGAGGAAGAACCCAUUCUUGUUGCUGUCAAAACCUUGAAGGUGGGUUAAUGUUUUGUUGUUGUCUUCUGUAGAAUUGGCCAGUUGAAACUGCGUUGAGUCAAAUAGCAGAGACUGCCGUUAACUAUCGCGUAAAAGCCCUGGGCAUAUAACGGGGGAGCUUAUAUCCAAGGAGGUUUAUAACCAAAAUAGAAAAAGCGUUUCGAAACAACCUAUAGCAGUGCUGAUUUAAAGACAUUUUGUUUUGACUGGUUUUUAAUUAAGGAUGCUUCAAAACUCUAUACUAAAUCGAAUUCAUUUCAAUACGUUUGGAGAAGAACUGUUUAAAAUAAUGUAAGUUUUAGCUGCUCUAAUACAUCAUGAAAGUAAAAGCUCAGAAGAAUCAAUAAUUUACUGGUUUGAGUUUUGUUGACGUCAUGUGAAAACCAAGAAUUGAUGAUUUGCAGAAAGAACCCUUUUUUAUAGCUGUUGGUUUAGAACCUCAUAACAUUGUACAACUCUUACUUCUGGUUUCAUUAUUUCCUUGUUUGUUUAACAAUAUACACCUAAUGUCAUAUCCCGAGGGAAACAGUAAGUUUUGUUUUCUCGAGGGUCCUGAUGUUUCCCGAGACGAAGUCGAAGGCUCAGGGUCCGAAAUUGCGCUUUCCUGGUAGCCAAUGCGACUAAAAAUUUAGUCCUUGCGACCAGAAUUUCAUAGCUGGUCGCCAGCUAGCGACUUGUAAAGCUGGUUGUUAUUGUGGACUUUAACGUUCGGAGAAACUGAUUAAGAAUUGAAACUGAAAUUUGUAGAAAGAAAAGACUUCACCUGUACACGUACGGUUGCUUUCUGGUAUCGGGAGCGGAAGUAGUGCAAUUUUUGAGCAUAAAAACGUCCAUACCAUGUAUUUUUUAAUCGUGUUUAAACUUUUAUUUGAAAAAAGAGGAGGGGGAAUUUUUGGCGACCACAAUUUUACCCUCUGGCGACCAACAAUUUAUACUUGAUCGCCAGUUGGCGCCCGUAUUAAAAAGUUAAUUUCGGACCCUGGAAGGGGAAACAGGACUCGAGGGAAAACAAAUCUGACUGGUUUCCCAAGGGAUCUGACAUUAAGUGUUUUGUUAUAUUUAUAGACUUUCACUUCAUCAGCAACAAAAGAAUAACAAAAGAAUAACCGGAGGGAAUCAAAACAGUACUUAUAAGAACACAAAUUUAAUUCUAAAUACCACUGAAUGAAUGAUUUACCAAGUACUUUCCUUGUAAAUUAUUAUCCGCAUCGUUUUCCUCCACUAGUUGCUGUUUCUCCUCUGGGAUAACUUUGAAUAUCGUUUCUUUUUUGAUAAUAGCUUGAGGCUUGUUGUUUGUGUUGUUGUGUUCAUUCACGAAAAAGAAAACUGGCAGGACCUGGCAGUGUUUUUCCCGCCUUCUAGCACGCCAUUUCCAAAAUGCUUUGAUAGCGUGCUGUUAUGUAUCCCGAGCACACUUGGUACAAUUGCUUAAAUGUCUCGCGAUCGGGAUAAUCGGGAUACAUUUGAUUUCAGUCAAGGCCAUGUGACCAAGAAUCAACCAAUGGCUGUCCCUGUUUAGUUGAGUGAAAGUCUAGGAAAAUAACAAGUUCUUUUAUUUGCUUCAACUUAUUAAUUGUUUUAUGUCCCUCCUUUCGUGUAGGCUGGAGCAGCAACAAAGAACCGUAAAGAUUUUAUAUUUGAAGCUUCCAUCAUGGGACAGUUUUGCGAUCCAAAUGUCAUAUAUCUGGAAGGUGUUGUAACUAAAAGUAAGUGGAAAUAGGGAGACUAUGCCCAUCAUUCACAAGAGAACGGUUGGAGCCCUUCAAGGAUGUCACCUGUACGUAAAUAUUUGUUUUAAAAAUAAAUGAAAAAAAAAAACUUUGUCUAGUGACUUUACUGAAAUGGCCUCAAACUCUUAUUUUCUCAUAUUUACCAACAGCCUUGCCGUUAAUGAUUGUUAUUGAAUUCAUGGCCAAUGGCUCCUUAGACAACUUUCUUAAGGUAAGUUUACCAGACUUCGCGAUAUGAUUACUGAUGAUUGUUGUAUCUUGAAACUACAGACUUCUAAUGGGCAUUUUAAAGGACGUUGUUGCAUACGUUUUGCGCCUUUUUUACCAACUGAGGCAGGUUGUAUCCUAUUGUAAAAAGAUUGUACUCAGGCACUCUGAUAAUAGUUUGCGAUAAAAUUGUCAUGUUCUAUUUGUUCUGAAAUCCUCUAAAGGUGUGAAUGAUUUACUGUAUCAGUACCUAUCUUGAAAGACUGGACCACCUUGAUUAGCUUAGGCUUUGGCCAAACGACGAACUUCUCUUGAGACGAAUCAAACCCUAAUUUGGGUCGACGUAAAUUAAGUUAAGAUCUUCUGUUGGGUCAAACGUCGAAGUUAGGACGCAUCAAACAAAUCAACUGAAUCAGACCAAAAUAGCAGUUUUAGCCGGUCAGCGAGUGUUCAGCGAUAAAUUUCCUCCCGAACGAGACUACUAAGAAUACAUUAUCAUACAAAUUUUUAAUUACUGAGUUUAGUUUGUUGCAUGUGAAGAUCGACGUUUGUCCCGGAGACGAUCCUUAGGCGUUUUGUGCGUCUGAAGCAGACGGAUAGAACGUGUUAGACGAUCCAAACUCAUUCAGACGAACCUCAUUGAGCCAGACGUCGAACUUUUCAAGAACGCCGGUAAUUCACUGAGUUUGGUUUGGCCUAGGCCUUAGCUACCUACAGGUCGAUCCAUUGUAAAUGUGUCAUUCCUUGAAAAUAAUAAAGUUGGCCCUUUUUUGAAAUUUGAUUUUUCUUAGAAAAUGGAUGGUAAAUUAACAAUACAGCAACUGCUUGGAAUGGCACGCGGUGUUGCUUCGGGAAUGAAGUUUCUGUCCGAAAUGAACUUUGUUCACCGGGUAUGUAAAUUUCAGCCAGCUAGUCCGUGGCUGAUAUUUUUUAGUUUGUCUUGUAUGGUGGUGAUGUGGAGGCGUGUGUGGCCGAGUGGUUAACACCUCGAACUCCGGAUCUGGAGGUCCGGGGUUCAAGCCUCGCCCGUCGCGUUGUUUCCUUAGACAAAGAACUUUACUCCACUUUAUCUCUCUUCACCCAGGUGUAUAAAUGGGUACCUUCGAAAUACUGCUGAGGUUAACCCUGCGAUAGAUUAACAUCCCGUCCGGGGGAAAGUAGCUAUACUCUUAGGUGCUUCAUGCUAAUGAAACUAGGAUAAGCUCCAGCUGUUUGGGCCUUUGGCUCGUGUGCGCCGCUACCUUACCCUUGCAUGGUGAAAUAUCAGGAAGAAAAACAUUGAGAUAUUUUUGAAUAAUAUUAAUAAUAAUAAUAAUAAUAUUUAUUGAUUUGUAUUGCGCAAAUAUCAAUCCAGGGAAAGAAAUUUUCAUCUGCGCAUAACAUUGACUCAACAAAAUCCUAAAAUCCUAGUACAUAUUCCAAAAAUUAACAAAAAAAAAAAGUCUUAUUUACCGAUCGUUCCUAAAAAUUAGUAAAAAUAACAAUUUAAAAAUAAAAAUUAAUCUUUAAAAUCCUAUAUACAAAUCCUUCUUAAUAAAGAAAAUAAAAACAAUAAAUUAGCUGGGAAACUCCUUCUGAAAUAAAUGAGUUUUAAGAGCCUUCUUGAAAGCAUUAACUGAAGAUAUAUUUCUAAUUAACCGGGGAAGAUCGUUCCAUAAUUUAGGGGCAGCCAUAUAAAAAGAUCGAUCACCAAGCGUGGAAAGAGACUUGCAUGGUGGAAUGUUAAGAAGUUUGCCGUUAUUUGAUCUGAGAUAGUACCUACUCCCUGUGUCUUUCGGUGAAGGAAGGAUUCAACAUAUUUUACUUCCGGUGACUUUAGAGGAAGUGGUUAAUCAGUCACCCAGGCUUUAGUUAGAAAGUAGCCGACAUUUCACGACGCGACCACUAGUCUCCCGCGAAGUUUCAUCUGAGAAACGACUUUACUGAGAAAUUCCAUACCGAUGAUGUGCCACUACCCAGAUCUGGGUAGUGCGUCUGAUUGGUCGUACCGCGUGUGAAAGUUGCCUCAACCAAUCAGAAGCACUACCCAGAUCUGGGAAGUGCACGUCAUCAGAAUGGAAUUUCUGUGCUCGUUCCUCAAACGUCAUUUCUCGGGGAAAGCAGUGAGGCGUCGCGAAAUGUUGGCUGUUUUCUUAGGCUAGGCUAUACUGUAUGUAUAUCCGACUAAGUUGUCGUAAGCUCGAUAAGUACUGGCUUUGAAGUUCUGUUGUUUUCUAUUCCAGGAUCUUGCUGCUCGGAAUGUUUUGGUUUCAGAAACCAUGGUAUGUAAGGUGGCUGAUUUUGGUCUGUCAAGAGAGUUGGAAGACUCUGCUUAUGAAACGAAGGUAUCUCAUGGGUUUUUUUUUUUGGUUUGUCAGUAUCGUGUUUGUCAAUAUGAAUGUAUGUGAGGCACGCUGUAGAUAUUCUUCGCGAGCAGAUGCAAUAUGGAUAUCAUUGGACAAAUAAUAAUGUCUGAUCAGAUAGUUUUGGAGACCCUCUCCUACUCGUGUAGGAGACAUCCAGUUUAAAUACAGCACAAAGUUAUGUCAGGCAAGGCUUCAGAUAUCCACGAAAAUAUAGUGCAUAAAUGCGUGUUGGGUAGGUUUGCAGGCAUUUCGUCUAGACGCUGUAUAGUGUGGAUAUUGCACAAAUAAAUACCACGUUUGCAGAUGUUCGAGGUAGAUUGCAGACUUGCCAAAUCUCACGACUUUUUCUUACCUGUCUCAAGCUCUCACGAGUUGGCAAUUGAUUUCUCACGCUUUUUCGAAAAGUCAAACCCCAGAAAAAAUUUGGAGCAGUGGGGUUCGUUUGCAAGUUAGAUAUGGAUAGAUAGCCAGCUCAAUCCAAGGAAAAACCUUAGUGGUCGCGUUUUUUUCCUUAAGUCUACUGUCACUUGUCGCUGCCGCCAAAUGCGCAGACGCGCAAUUUCCUUCCUUUCAAGACGGCCGCCAACAAACUGGACCAUCAUCUUGUCUGCAGCGACGAAAAGGGGAGUCAUAUAUCUGGUGUGGAGGGGCGGUCGUCUCGUAGACAAACUAAGCUUUCCGGCGCUGCAACUUACAUGUACAAGAGCACUUUCGUAUAUUUGGCGCAUCCCACUACCUUUGACCCAUUUCUUACUACUUCUCCCAGCUCAAGAUUCGGAAUUUCAUAUUUUUUUGCCUUUUGAGGGCUGGCAAGUCUGUUCGAAGCCACUUUUUGUUCAUUCUGUUGCCGCACAAAAGUUUCCCCUGGUAGCUUUCGUGUAUUUACUGUAAGUCUACUUAAGAAGUACUAAGUGGUGUAUUUUAACUGCAGUAAAGUUUUGUUUUGUUUUUUCUAUCGUCACCUGCCCUCUCGAGUAUCCGUUUGACUUGACUCGUAUUUUUCUUCAGGGGGGUAAGAUUCCUGUGAGAUGGACAGCUCUGGAAGCGAUUGAGUAUCGUAAGUUCACAGCGGCAAGUGAUGUUUGGAGCUAUGGAGUUCUUUUGUGGGAAAUAAUGUCAUUUGCAGAGAGGCCAUAUUGGGACUGGUCUAAUUUUGAGGUGAGUGGAAACAUAGGUUUCUACUCUGUAUCGUGCUGGGUGACCUGUGUCACAGUCAUACCAGUCUAUACCACUUAUUAAAAGUGGUUGUGAUUGAUAUCGAUGAUUUAUUUCAGUCAUAUUUAUUAAUGCUCCCCUCCCCAAAUCCAAACAACAAAAUAGCAACAACAACAUACAAAACCAAGCAGACAAUCAAAUGGAGAGCUGUUUACCGUGCUCAAACGUUUUGAUGUUUCUUUUCUAUAUACUUUUUCAUGGUAUUUAAGUCCCCUAGCUCAGCUCCCUUUAAUCCGGUAGCUGCUGUUGAAAACAAAUAAGCUAUUGAAUUUAUUCCGUAGAAGUUAAUAGUUGUAUUUAAAAGAAUCAUCUGCUUAUUAUAGGGGUCCUGUCCUUGCAUCGGUACUUUGGCUGGCCUGUGCAAGUGUCAGCCUCCACGUGCAGCAUACAGUGGAACCUCGAUUUAACGAACCUCUAUAUAACGAAGUUCUCGGUAUAACGAACGAUUUUCUACAGCCCGGCCAAAAUUACAGUAAAAUGUAUGGAACACAACCUCGAUCUAACGAAAUCCGCGUUAUAACGAACACAGUCCACAAGCCCAAACGUAAAAUUUGCCUCGAUAUGACGAAUAAAUGUCACCAUGUGAUAAAAGAUAAAUGCCAAACAGACCAACAAGGAUAAAAUUUAUGUGUACAACAGUUUUAAGCAAUUUUGUUUGCCUGUUCUUGAGUUUCUAGUGCCGUAGCUAUGCAUAGCUCGGUACUGAAGUGUUAUUACAGUAAGUUUUCAGAUCCGGAAAUAAUGGGUUUUGUAAAUUAAUUAUUAACUAUACCUCGAUAUAACGGACAUUUUGGUAGUUUUCCCGAAAAUUCGUUAAAUGGAGGUGUUCGAUAUAACGAACCCUCGAUUUAACGAGCAAAUUUCCCCUGUCCCUUUGCACUUCGUUAAAUCGAGGUUCCACUGUAACAGCUCUCUGGAGUUGUGUUCAGUUUAAGAAUGGUUAACGGUGGAACAUUUAUUUCAUCAGCUUAACUAACGUUACAUUCACACUAUUACCGGAUAGCUUUUCGUAACGACACGGUGUAGUGUGAACACUUACCUGAUAUUGCUAGGCGCGGUGCAGCGCAGCUUCACUCCACUACUAUAAUCGCGCCGAAAUCACCGUUCUUAUUAGUUUACUGAAGCCCUAUCCGGUAUGGUAGGCACCUUACGAUCCGACAACGGCGAGGCUGAAAAAUAGACUUCGCGUCCUUUACAACUUUUUCGCCCUUAUACCAAGUCACCCAGUUACUUGAAAGAAGAGAAGUUCGGUUGGAACUGAAGAGAGGGGACCGCGUCCGAUUUCAGAGAGAAAAAGUAAAAUUUAUCGCCUUGCCGUUCCCGUUCUCACGUUGCAGUUGUGCAGGGGUGGCAAAGAAAUGUACAAAAAAGCGUGAUGCAAGUGCAGAGUUGUUGUUUUGCUCAUUAAACUUAUUGCUUUUUUGACGUUCCCGUUGCCGUCGCCGUCGUAGUUUCGUAAGGUCUCGGCGCAAAAGCCAUCCGGUAUCGUUGAAGUAUUAUGUUUGAGUACUGGCUAACUGAUUAUCUGCCUUGUCUUUUUUUAUCAAGGUGAUGGACCGAGUCAAAGGUGGCUACCGUCUUCCACCGCCUUUGGUACGUAAUGGCUACGUGUUACUUUCAUAACUUUUAGGUUGAAAUCUUAUUCUUGCUUCUAACGUGAGUUGUACUGAAACUCUGUAACAGAACAGUAGCUACACUUGUAAGUUACACUCACAAUUGUAAAAAUUUUAUCUAUAUGACCGCAGUUUACAGUUCAGUUCUGUUGUUUAGGUAUUUGAAAGCUGGAUGUAAGUCUUUGCGAACGACAGUUUAAACUCCUUAUUUCGAUGAAGAACCACGGAUAUAGUCCUGUAAUUGUUCUGCUACUUCAACCGUUAAUAAUCCUUGGCCGGCUUAGAGCACCGGGUAUAAUUAGCAAAGCUAAAUGGACAACUUAAAUAUUUUAAAGCAAAGAAGAUUAUCGCGAUGCUUAUGCAGAUCAUUAAAAAAUAAGACAGAGAAAAAACAAACAAACAAGAAACGUAGGAGUUACACCGGCUAAGACUGAUACAAGCUGGCGAUUAACUGUGACAGUGAUUGUAACCUUGUAAAGGAAAUUUGGACGUAAUAAAGUUGCCUAGUCAUACAGUGUUUGUGGCAGAUGAAAUAGGAUCCUCUCAUUGUUGAAGUUUGUUUUAUUUUAUAAGGUUUCUAUUGCACGUUUGUAAGCGACUCUAAUAGGGGGAUCACAUGUCACAUUCACAUGAUCCAUAGGCGUAGACAUGGGUGGAGUAACUCAUUCUACUGGAAUUAAAAGCCCACGAUGCUCUGAAUGCUCGAUAAAAAUUUGUGGUUGCGUUACUGAAAAAAGACCUAGCAGCAGGAUGCAAUAACUUAUAGAUAAUUUCAUUCUAUUUUACCGUUAUUCCAGGGAUGCCCUAAAACUAUUCACCAGAUCAUGUUAAAUUGUUGGAACGCUGACAGGAACAAAAGGCCAAAGUUUGUUGAUAUAGUCAAGCGGUUGGAUGUGUUAAUUCGCUCCCCAGACAGGCUUAACGAGGAUCCAACUCCAGAGCCCAAGUAAGGAGUAGUCGUUACAUCUAUAUUUAUCGUUGUCAUAUGCCACCGACGCGAGCCACUAGCGACAUAGCCGCCGGGUUCUAGUUAAAACCCUUUUGCCUUUCGUUUAUUUCUAUCUUUUUUUUCCUAAUUUAGUCAACAUUUCAUUCAAAUCAAAAAUGGCUAAAUUAUGAAAUAGGGUCGGAGGCAUUGGUUCAAUAAAGAUUUGAGAAUUAAAAAAAAAAUGAGUUUUCGAAUGUUUUAAAUGGAUAAAAAUUAGAGGUGGGGCGGGGGUUGGGGGUGUUUGAAAGUAUGGAGAAUUUGAAAAUAUGGCAUUUGGGGGUUGUUGAAAAUUAGAAUGCGAAGGGAAUAAGAUCAAUUUAGGUUUCUGGUAAACUGCCCACCUACCCCUCCCCUAAGCCAUCAUUUUGCCCUAAGUAAGAAGUAAGUGUUAAUGUUAGCUUAGGGGAGGGAUAGUGGGCUGUUUCCCAGAAACGUAAAUUGACCCAUAGCCGGGGGAGGGGUACUGCCUUAUAAGAGGCUAAUGGGGAUGUGCCGCUGGAUGGGGUCGCAUUUUCACGCCUGGAUUGACUAUAACGGGGUCACAUUUUCAAUAGAGUUACUAGAAUGGGAUCGCACAUUUUCGGAUUUUUGGGGGUAAGACAGUUCUUCAUGUUUACGGUUAGCAAACGUACCAGAAUGUUUGUACUGCAGAUGAAAAGUAAAGUGUUGUUCAUUCAGUUUAAAGAAUGGGUCAAUUCAUAAAAAUAGAAAUUGACUAAGCUGGGAUGUAGAAAAUUACAUAUUUGCCCAAAAGUGAUUAAGAUGGGGUAUAUAAUUGGCCACAAAAUAGACUAUUAAAGUAAACAGUCUCAUACGUCAAGUAGACUUCAUUGACUGUUUGUUUCAAAGUAGACAUGUUCCAACUCUUUUGACGGUAUAUCUGUUCGCAGGUCUCCGAAACUGGAAUACACCGACUUCACUACUAUCAAAGACUGGCUGGAAAGCAUCAAAAUGGGCCAAUACAACGAGAUGUUCAGCAAAGCCGGAUUUACGCACUUACAACAGGUUGCUUCAGAAGACGAGUUGGACCUCAGUGGAAUGGGAAUCAAACUCAUUGGACACAAGAAUAAGAUUCACAAGAGUCUGAAGGAAGUUAAGAAAACGCUGAGCAAAGAUACGGCCUUUUGAAGCUAACCAAGUUUGUACAUAAAAUCAAGUUAACGAUGGGCGUCGUCUCAGUCAGGUCUUUGACGUUUCAGGCUAUUUACCACGGUUGCCUUUAUUUGGAUCUACGGAUUUGCAUCUUUAAUUUACACAGCCUAGUGGCUGUACCCGAGUAGUGCUUCUAUGUGGCGAACCCUUGACUUAAGGUCUGGACCCACUAGAAACAUUUCUUACUUGGAGACUGGGAAGUGACGCUUCAUGCUUUUAGUUUCCCCACCCCACUCCUCGUCCAAAUGGUACCAAGUACUUCCAGUACAAAUAGGUUUCAUUUUAAUGGCUACUCGUGGAUUUAAUUCACUUUAAUUUACAUAAUUAUUAUUUGUUAGUUAGACUGAUUUCGUUCAUAGCAAACUAAUGGCUACCUACAGACCGCUUGAGUAGUUUUCCAUUUUUAUGGACGUAAUUUAGCAUUUCAUUAUUAGUUGAAACACCAUUUUUUACGGCAUAAUAAACAGCACGGGCGUACAUGUAUUGUAAGUGACAUUUAUUGGAAUUGUAACGCCUAAGGGUUCCAUUCAGACUCAAAAGGAUACGAACCCUUUUACUCAGCAUACCAAAACUUAUCUGCGACAGGAAAACUUUUUCAGUAGCCUUCGGUGAAGUGAAAUGCUAGGAUGUUAUUGACCAACCUACGAGUUUUAUUUACCGCUUACAUGAUAAUAAUAGACACUACCACAGAAAGCAGAGAAAGGUGCUGUCAUCAGCUUUGAUUUAGAUGGUCACGUUUUAGCAUUUUAAGCUAGAACCACCUUGCGAAACAUAGUAAUGAAGAAAACCGUAACAUGUGUUAAUUUGCAGCUUUUGCUUUGUCUCUUGAGCAAAGCCGUGACGCAGAACAACAGAAGUUUAUUUACAGCUGAAAUACAAGACAAAACUGUACUAAUUUUUAGCAGUAGAGAACAAUGUAUAGUUUUUCUUAGACUAACUUUGUUUGACACCAAGUAUUUCCAGUGUUUUCAAAAUAUUAAAGAUAUGUCGCCUUCGCCAUACAUAUGAAGAACUUUGCUGCAUUGCGCCAGCUAUUUUGAUAACUAAAAGUGUCUUGUUAAGAACUACAUAUAUAUUUGAAAUGGUCAUAAUUCUGACAGGGUGCGCUUUCCGCCUGUCUGAAGAUUAAAAUAUAUGCUUGGUCGAGAUUAGACGAGAAGUUUAGUUUUUUAUUGUGCAUUUGGGACAGUUUUGUACUCUCAUUUCUAACAUUAAAUUGUGAAUUAUUGAUAUUUUCAUUGGUAAUAUGACCAAAGAUUUUUUUUAUUCCAAGAAAUAAAUAAUAUAAGGCUUUUACUUUCUGCCAAAGAGGGCAGAUAAUCUCGAUGUGUAUAGUAGCGAAAUUGUUCACCGAAAGGUAGCGAAACCAUGGUUACAUUUAAUUUAGCAAGCAUCUUUUAUUGUAUUAGUUAAGGCCUUUUAGUACGUGUUAAAUAGACAAUAAAGUUCCAAACAAAGUAG